AUGGAAUUUGAAAACAAGAUUUUCCCAAAAAUCGGUGGAUAUGGACGAUACAAUCGAAUCAUAACACUUUUCAGUUGGUUCCCAAACUUUGCGGUAUCACUGAACCUCUUCUGCGAUGUUUUUUUCACGUUAAUUCCUGAAUCGUACCACUGCAAACCUGAUCCGACGUUGUUGCCAUCGGCUUUUCUUUUAAGUAAUUUCUCCAAGCAAGCGUACCUUAACUAUACAAUACCAUGGGUGAAGGGAUCUGGGUUAAGUCACUGCGAACUGUACAAGUACCCUACAAACUUCACCAACGUCACCGAGAGCGUCCCGAGAGAAGUUGUGCCAUGUACAAAAGGAUGGGAGUAUGCGAAACCCGCCGGACUAAAGAGCAAUUUCGUAACCGAGUGGAAUCUGGUGUGUGAGAACUACUGGAAGAUUCCUCUUCAGCACAUCUGCUUUAUGACAGGCUGGAUCGUGGGCUAUGUACUGCUGGGUACAGUUUGUGACUGGUUAGGUCGUCGUAAGGCACUCUUGAUGUCUGUGGCUCUUUCGGGUGUGCUGGGUGUGGCUGUGUGCCUUUCUAACAGCCCUGCAGUCUUCUUAUUGCUCCGUCUCUCCCAAGGGGUCCUGCUGGCUGGGGUCUUUCUGUCCUCCUACAUUGCCCGACUGGAAGUAUGUGAUCCUCAGCAUAGGCUCAUGGUGUCUAUGGUCAGUGGUUUCUUUGCUGUGUUUGCUGAGCUGUUGUUGCCAGGGCUUGCUGUGGUGUGCGGUGACUGGCCAGUGUUACAGGCAGUAGCCACAUUGCCCUUGCUGCUGCUGCUCUCUUACUGGUACUUUGCUUCAGUGUUCCCUGAGUCUCCUCGCUGGCUCUUGGCCACAGCUCAGAUCUCCCAGGCUAAGAGUUGUCUGCAGGCUUUCUCGAUCCAAAAUAAAGUGUGUCUGCAUGAUGAACUCUACCCUGCUGAAACACUGCUUUCAGAAAUAGAUGUGGCUUAUCCAGAGGACUCUGCACCCGAGUAUCAUCAUAUUCUGGAACUGCGUCACACACGAGUCAUUUGGAGAAACUGCCUCAUCCUGGGCUUUACUCUGUUUAUUGGCACAGGAAUCCAGUACUGUUUCACACGUAACCUGCAUAACCACUCACCUCACUUCUACUUUGGGUAUUUCCUGCGGGUGCUGACGGGAGCACUGGCCUGCAUCUUCCUCUGUCUGUCAGUGGACCGCUUUGGCCGCAGAGGCAUCCUGCUCCUCACAGCCAUUGUCACUGGCAUCUCCUCUCUUGUCCUGCUGGCUCUCACUCAGUACCUGCGUGGGGGACUGGUGUUAGUUUUGUCUGUGUUUGGUCUCUUCUCCUCCCAGGCUCUGGCCAUGCUGAGUGUGUUUUUUGCCAGUGAGGUUUUGCCGACUGUCGUACGUGGUGGUACACUGGGACUGAUCAUGGCUGCUGGUUGCGUUGGUAUGGCUGCCUCUUCUCUGAUGGAGUUGCAAAAUAACGGUGGCUACUUCCUGCACCAUGUGGUAUUUGCCUCCUUUGCUGUACUGUCCGUCCUGUGUAUCAUGCUUUUGCCCGAGAGCAAACGGAAGCCUUUGCCCGAUUCGCUUAAAGACGGCGAGUGCCAGCGCAGGCCGCCCCUGUUUCCGACGGGCAGAGAGUGGGACAGCCUACCCCUGCUGCGCACACGCCAGCCUGCGUCCGAGUACAACCCUGACAACUACUCCCGCCUGGUCAGUGCUACCAAGAAGAUGCUCAACAAAGAAACACUGCCGUACAAGAUCACUCUGCCUUCCCGUGCACCCCUGCUGCCUAGCAACGGGAAUGCACGAGGAGGGCAAGGGCACUCCUCCUAG